UGCUUUGGGCUGUCCCCACAGCGUACGGCAGGCUCAAUCCGGACAAUGACAUCGUUUGUUGCUUCGCGCAGUCUUUUAAAGCCGAUGAUGUCUCCCUACUUUCUCAGGUACGGCUUGCGAUCUAGCCUUCAUCGUCCACCAUGCAGUCGGCUCUCGUGUCUCUCCUCGCAGUUGCUAAUGCGGCCACCGCACAGGCGGCCUAUUCAUUCGACCCCUUGCAGCAUCUUGCCGGCAUUGCCCCUUACUUCGAAGAUCCGCGCCUUGACCCGAAGCCACCUCAGGGUUGCAACGUGACGCGCGCUUCGUACCUCAUCCGUCAUGCCGCCAUCUACGCCAAUGACUUUGAUUUUGAGGAAUACAUUGAGCCCUUCACAGACAAGCUGAAGAACACGACAGUGAACUGGCGAAGUGCUGGACCCCUAUCCUUCCUUUCUAAGUGGGAGACACCCAUAAGCGAUGAAGAGCUAGAAGACCUCACUUCCGUCGGCAGGCUUGAAUCCUACAAGCUGGGUGUCGACGUCCGUCUGCGCUAUCCCACCUUCAAGGACCCUGAGCGUGUAUGGACAUCAACUGCUGAGAGGACCGAGCUCAGUGCAUCUUCAUUCAUUGACGGCCUCGUGGCUGAGAGCAACAACACCAAACGCGUUUCCAUGCGCGAAGAUGCUGCUCGGGGCGCGGAUUCUCUGACACCCUACAAGGGUUGCCCCAAGUACAGCUCUUCCUACGGUAGUGACCAGUCAUCUCAAUACCAAGAAACGUACACCAAGCCCAUCGUCGAUCGUCUGAAUGCGUAUGCCCCUGCCUUCAACUUCACCGCCGAUGAUGUUGUGGGCAUGCAGCAGCUGUGCGGAUACGAGACUGUCAUCCGUGGCUCUUCCCCAUUCUGUUCUCUCGACCUCUUCUCCCAGGACGAGUGGCUCUCCUUCGAGUACAUGAAUGAUAUCAUGUAUUUUUACAACACCGGUUAUGGAAGCACGCAGCUGUCGGGCGCCCUUGGCCUUCCUUGGCUCAACGCUUCCGCCGUCGAAAUGCUCUCCGACGAGGCCGACCAGGAUCUCUACGUCUCCUUCACGCAUCGCGAGUUGCCUCCUACCGUCGUAGUCGCUAUGGGCCUGUACAACAAUUCUGCCUAUUCCGGAUCGAACGACCCUAACGCCACGAUGCCGCUCGACAGGCCCAACCACUCGAGAGCAUGGAGGUCAUCAAGAAUUCUACCUUUCUUGUCCAACAUUGCCAUUGAGAAGAUGACUUGCGACAGCUACGGAUUCUCUGCCGACGAGUAUUUCCGAGUUCUGGUUAACAAGGAUCCACAACCGCUGUCUUGUGCUGACGGCCCAGGAGAGAGCUGUUCCAAGAGCGCGUUCCAGGAUUUCAUUCAAGAAAGAGCCGCACUUUUUGGCGGAUAUACUGAGGAGUGCCAACCGGAGUACUCAAACUCUACUGACAUUCUUACUUUGUAUAAUUAAGACGACGCUUAGUGUCGCGAUGAUAUAAUACCAUUUUUGUAAUAUGCCAAUCAUCGU